UGCACACUUACCAAAUGAUAUAACCUGGCGGAACGAAUCACAUUGGAUAAACACUAAAAUUGUUAUUUAUGAAUAAAUUACUAAAUAUAGGGCACGUAGUGCCGCGUCAAUUUGUGCGUGACUAUGCGUUCAAGUCAGAUCUGAAAAUCAAAUGGGUACGACCCGAAAAGAUAUCCUGCAUCAAGCCGGAGAAAAGCGGUGAUCUUGCCAAGUUGCCACCGUUAAACCCAAAUGAAAUAUUGCCGGAUUACAAGGAUUCCAAGGAGCUGGAGAAUGCCAAUGAAGCAGUAAAAUCGCUGUUUAAGUUGAGCAACAAUCGGAACAGUCUGACUACGAGAUAUUAUCGUGACGAACUGGUUAAAGAGGUGCAACGACAUGCCCAGGACUUUGGCUCCAUGGAGGCGAAACUGGCCAAGAUGACUGCAUUUAUACGGCGGUAUCAGGAGCACAUGGAGAUCAGUCCACGCGACAGGGUAAUCAAAGUGCGUCUAAAGGAGAUGAUCGAGAAGCGCAAAAAGUUUCUAAAAUACCUCAGACGCUGGGACUAUCCACGCUUUGAGUGGAUAUUGGAAAAACUCGACUUGGUUUACAAGCCGCCACCUACAAAUUUCCAUUGGAUAACACGCAAGGAAUCGCUGCAGAAACUAACCGAUAUUUAUUGCGAGAAAAUCAAGGAAGAGCGACUAGAAGCCUAUCACAAGGAGCUGCAAGCACAACAGAUACCCUACCUCGAGGAUGCCAUCAAGAAGAUGUCAUUUGUGAGACAGGAGCAGAUCGAUUGCGAUGUUCCCGUCACAGUUACGGAGCAGCAAAUUGAGGAAGCUCGCCAGGAACUGGCACGUCUGAAGGAGGCAAGGGAAGCGGCGGCAGCUGCAACACGCAAACAGUCGGAUGAUACCUUCCAUUAAUAAUUUGGCAAUAAAGCCCUUGAAUGAUUCUUAAAUUAUAUGAA